AAAAAGUAGAUUUUGAUACACUCAGAAAAACAGUCUCUAGUGCUAUAGAACAAGCUCAUAUUCUUUUGCUCAAUAACCCAAAACAAAUAUCAGAUUCACUAAAAAAGAUUAUUCUAUUUGAUUUACUAAUUACUAAUAGGACUAUAUUAGUACCAGUAUCAAGAGUCCUAUGGAA